AUGGUGAGACUAUUUUCGACCAGCGCCCGUGCGGCCAAGGAUCUUUCAAAGAUAAUUGAUAAAUCAGGUAAGUUACCUAAGAUCGUUGGACCAGCUACCAUUUACAAUCCAAAAUCAUCUGCCUCCAAUUACAAAGGUUAUUUGAAAGCCAAGAUUCCAGCAGGUCUAUAUUACGAUCCAGCUCCAUCCUCUAUCCAUGGUUCUACUAACUCAGAAACGAUUCCAAAAUCUUUCUUACCGGCCACUGAUCCAAGGCACGACAUUAUAGAUGACCUAACGCAAGGUAACGCAGAGAUAUCGAGGGUAGCGCCAGUGUUACAUGAGAAGGGUGAGAAGACCUACCAUUUGAAGCCUGAAGACAUCGCUGAGAUUAGAAGACUAAGACUGGAGGACCCGGUGAAAAACUCUAGAAAAGCUUUAGCAAAGAAGUUCAACUGUUCUCCGUUGUUCAUCUCUAUUGUUUCUGAACCACCCAAGGAAAGAAAGACAGAAAUGAAUCAAGUUCUUGAGACGAUAAAGAGCCAAUGGCAUCCUAAGAGAGCAUUGGCCAGAGCCGAAAGAAAAAAGAGAAAGGAACUCUGGUACAGAGCAUGA